AUGGAUUGUUUUCUUAUUACAGAUCCUGAAUCUGAUAGUUGUUCAGAUGAAAUGAAUUCUUACGUCCCUUCGCGACACUCCGCAGGCAGCAAUAAGCUUGUCCAGAACAAUUGCGGUUCCGGCUGGCGCUCUUUCCGUCCCUUUCGACGACGUCAUCGUCAGCCUAUCUCCGUUGCUUCCGUGUCUGAGAGCUCGACAGCUGUUGAUCCAACUGCACCAGAAGUUACGACUGCAUGUGCUAUGGUUACUCAGUCACGCGUUGGAAUGACGCCAGUGGGCAAGGUGGGGUCUUCCAGUUAUGGCUCUACACCUCCCCAGACGAAUGAUUCGCGCCUGAUUAAAGGCACUGUGAAGGGUGCUGCUUACAUUAAAGGACUACCUACCUCGUCUCCCUCCAUUCCCAUCACCUAUUCACCUCACCGACGUCGUUGUACGCUCAAUUCCGGUAUGGCCAAUGAGUUACGCGUUACUCGGGAGUUUCAGCAUCAUCUCAAUAUGGUCGACUCUACUUUUGACAAUAUGGUCAUUCAGGCCAAUCACAUACUCGGAUUUAUUGGUGGAAUAGCGAUCACCUCUGAAGGGGAUAAUGAUAAGGGUUCUGCUACCGUUUCUCUUUCUGCGCUAGCAAAUCUUCAGUCCAUUAUAGAUGAGCUUAUAGAAACCUGUCAAAAGACCAUGGUGGCGUGGACGGCCUCCAUGGAGUGGUUCCAACGUCGGUUGGCAACAGAGUACGACAAGUCUUCGCGUUUGGAACGAACUGUUGAACAAUUGGCCAAGCAGCAUCGGGCAUUAGAGACGCAGUUCUACUCCAGCUACACAUCUCUUACUAGCAAUCGAACUACCUCUCCACUCUCCUCUGAUCUCCGGGGUCCCUCCUCUGUCGUCUUCCAGCGUGAUGCUACUCGUCGAAUACACUCAUUUAGCAGCUUGGAUGAUGUAUUCUACGACGCCGAGAGCACCGUUUCGUCGCCUCCGAGCCAUGUGGGUGGAGGUGGUUACAGUGGUAGUGGCGUCAACGAUGCAAUGUUGCUACACCCAUCGUUUGCCUCACUUGGCAGCCUCCGCAACGUGGACGAGUCGUCGGGCAGCGAUGAGGACGACCUGGUCACUGCUGCCGUUGAGGAAGGCAUCUUCGCGGUGCCUGGCGGGCGACCUGCUUUUAACUCUACCACCAGGACUCCUUCCACUGCAGCUCGGAUGAAUAGCUCAGGGAAUCGAGGAGGUCAGGAUGAGGACUUGAAUGAGAGAAGAGAUGACGUUAUCAACCAUCCAGAGGGAUUUGCAGUGACCUCCGGACGCCAACGCCGAACCGCCAUACCACCUCGACCGCGCAUCUCUCUAAAUCUUUGGGGUGUGCUGAAAAACUGCAUUGGCAAGGAACUCUCCAGAAUACCUCUUCCGGUGAACUUCAACGAACCGCUUUCCUUUCUGCAACGCGUGACAGAGGACCUGACUUACUCCAAAUGCCUUGAUGAAGCGGCACAGGUGGCGAACAGUGAUCCGGUGGGGCGAAUGGCGUGGAUCGCAGCCUUUUCGGUUUCCUGUUACGCCACUACCGCAGUGCGCAUGAGCAAACCCUUCAACCCCCUUCUCGGCGAAACUUAUGAGUGCGAUCGUUCCGACGACUUUGGCUGGCGAAGCUUCGCUGAGCAGGCAAGUCACGUAAGCCAUCACCCACCUGUCGUUGCUCACUACUGUGAAUCCACUCGCUACGGUUGGAAAUUCUGGCAAGAGUUCACCGUGAACAGCAAAUUUCGUGGCAAAUAUCUUUCACUAAUACCUAAAGGUGGUACGCAUCUUCUCUUCAAGGAUGGUCAACACUACACCUGGUCUAAGGUGACAAUCACAGUGCACAACAUUAUCGUGGGGCGACUGUGGGCUGAAAUUCAUGGCGAGACUGUGAUAAAGAGCCACAACACCAAUUACUCUUGUCGCAUGCGCUACGAGGCACACUCAUAUUUUUCCCGUGAUCCAGAUCGGCAGGUCAGUGGGUUCAUUUACGACCCCUCGGGCACUUUGGUAUACAAGCUGAGCGGCAGAUGGGACAGCCAAGUAGAGGGCUGUGCUGUUUCUCCAGAUGGAACACCCAAGGGCUUGUCCACUGUGCUUCUGGUCAUUGAGCCCCCUCCUCCAAACUCCGAAUCGUGGAUGGGCAACUUACUUAAAGCAGGUUUUCCUCAGAUGUACAAUUUCAACCAGUUUGCCAUUGAGUUGAACGAACCCGAGCAGGGCGUGGCGCCUACUGACUCGCGUCUCAGACCAGAUCAGCGGUUAAUGGAGCUCGGCCGAUGGGACGAGGCGAACACCGAGAAGGAGCGUCUUGAAGUAAAACAGAGACGCAAGCGACGUGCGUGGGAUCUCUUUGAGGCUGGAGAAGGACCACUAGAUCCCGAGUGUGGAUCACCCUACACUCCGGUUUGGUUCUCUUCCACCCAUGACACUUACUUCGAUGAAGACUGUCACGAAUUUAAUGGUACGUAUUGGGUGGCGAAGGCGAAGCAGGACUGGUCAAAGUGCCCCGACAUCUUCUAG